ACUUGGGGCGGACAGAACUCGCGUCUGGCCGUGUACCCUGCUUCGGCCCAGCCCCGGGCGCGCCUGCCGAUCGGCCGCCUCCCUCCCUUCGCUUCACGUGCUGCCCCAGGCACCCGGGGCGCGGAACUGGCAUGAAAAGGGCCUCCGACAGCUGUCGGAGAAGCUGUCGCCAAGAAGCUGGUUGAACCGGAGAGGAGGGCCCUGCUCGGACUGGUUUCCCCCACAGCCUCCCCUGCUGUGUUCACCGCCUCUCCCUCUGCGCUUCCGAGGGUCUUCUGACCGAGUUUCAGCGAGAACAGGGCUUUACUCGGGGUAAUGACCUGCAGGCAUUCCUUCCACCGUCACUUCACCAUCUACCGUGGGCUGGGCAACGUGGAAAGUACAGGAGUGCCAGCGGGCAACAGGACAGAUUCACUCCUGGAGACGGAGCGUGGAGAGGGGAAGUUCUGCAGCUCAGCCAGGGGGUGUACCAGGGGUCAGUAAUGACCGACUGUCACAGGAAGUCACGUCUAGUUCGUUUUUAAACUUUUGCUUUAGUUGCACAAAUCGUAAGUGUACAUCCCACCCAGAUUUCGCACAGUGAACCUUUCUUACCUGGGCUACGUGCAUCCAGAAUUUAUAAAACACUCCUAGCUCUGCAGAAACCCUUUUACCACUUCCAAUCCCUCCUUCCUGCAUAACCACUCUCCUGGCUUCCGACCCCAUCAAAUAGUUUUACGUCGUUUUGAACUUUUGGGGGUUUGUUUUGACCUUUGAAGAUUCGGCAAAGAGUGAGGACGCUGUGCUCUUCCAGCUGCUGCAUAGCUAGAGCCAAGCUCUCCACCGGCCCUUCAUCUCCGGCUCUGUCUCGGAUCAGGGCAGGCUCUGCUCCACAGGGUGUCCUCCCAGAAACCUAGGCUGAAAAAGCCUCUACCAUCAGGGACAUCUUGGUCACUGUGGUAGGAAGAGAACAUGGCAAGUCUCCCAUCCAAGUAACUGCCCUCCCAUUUCAGCAUUUACCUAGGAAGCCCCUGUAAAGAGCCACCUGCCAGCUUGCCCUUCCCCAGACCCCGAAUGCGCUGCAGGCCGGGCAGAGCGGAGAGCAGUCACUCUCCUGGUCAUGCUGAUCCUGUGCUCUGAUGGCUAUUCCAUGAGUUCAAGACUGGGUCCCCUCCCUUCUCCCGUGUCACCAAUGCCUGGUCUCCAGGGGUUAGUUUUGAGCCUAACACUAUGGCAUCACGCACCUCCUUCCCAGCUUCUGGCUCCAGGUCCAAGAAGCCUUUGGGCAAGAUGGCUGGCUGGCUCAGGCAGGCCCUGUCGAAGAAGCCCAGAGAGAUGCCUGUGUCCCAGGAAAGCCCCGCCUGUGAUGCUCCACCGCAGUGCUCGCAGGACGACCCCCCACCCUCGGGACUCAGCUCUCCCGCACCAGUCUCGUCUCCCGCGGCGGCCUCGUCUCGUGGCCUGCCACCCGCACAGGAGGGUGCCGCCAGCAGCAGCGGUGGUGGCCGCUGGAGCAGGGACUACGACGUUUGCGUGUGCCACAGCGAGGAGGACUUCGCGGCCGCGCAGGAGCUGGUGGCCUACCUGGAGGACACCUCCGCCAGCCUGCGCUGCUUCCUGCAGCUGCGCGACGCGGCCCCCGGCAGCGCCAUCGUGUCGGAGCUGUGCCGGGCGCUGGACAGCAGCCACUGCCAGGUGCUGCUUAUCACUCCCGGCUUCCUACGCGACCCGUGGUGCAGGUACCAGAUGCUACAGGCCCUGAGCCAGGCCCCGGGCGCCGAGGGCCGCACCAUCCCCCUGCUCGCGGGCCUGGCCAGGGACGCCUACCCGCCCGAGCUCCGCUUCAUGUACUUCGUGGACGGCCGGGGCCCGGACCGAGGCUUCCGCCAAGUCAGGGAGGCCAUCCUGCGCUAUCUGCAGACCCUCAGAUGAUGCCUCUUAUGUCACCAUGGGACCAGAAGCCUGGCACAAAGCUGGAGAGCAAGUGAGAGAGCCCAGGGCCUGGGGUCCAGCAGGUGUGACAAGGCCUAAGGAGCCAGAGUUGGUAGCUCUUUGUAUGUGACCUGGGGAUCAGGUUGCCUAGCAGUCCCCAUUAUUGCUGGGGACUCCCCCAGGAAGGCCUUGGGGAAACUGGGGACUCCCCCAGGAAGGCCAUGGGGAAGCUGGGGACUCCCCAGGAAGCCGUGGAGCAGCCAGAAACUGGAGGUGGUAGGAGGAGGUGCUGAUACCAAGAUGACCACCAAUGUUUUGCCUCUUCCUCAUUGGACGUGAGUCUGGCACAUCCCUAGGUCUCCUUCGCCUGGGAGUGGGCACAGGUGUAGAGAUGCAUUCCUCCUAAACAGGUGACUCACCCGAUGAAUCAGCCAGCAGUCUCACGUGCGUAUCUCAUGGAUGGGAAAGCCCUGGAACAGCUGUCAGGAGAAAGCCGAAGGUAUCAAGUCUCGCGCACUCACACUGCUGCCGUUCUCUCGCCCUUCGCUCACUUCAGGAAGCUACAUGAAAAAUACACUCAGCAUGCUACUGCAUUUAUUUUUGCUGCAUGCAUGUCAUUAAAGACUCAAACCUAGAAACUUCCCUGAAUAGACAGGAGAGGACUGGGACUAGGUGGGAUGAAGAGAAGGAAAGCUCAGACCUCUUACCUUGGAUCAAAAGCCCACCCAUGUUUUGACAUUUAAGAGGCUUCACUGGGGGCCUGGCUAGAGCUCCAGCUUUACUGUGAAGCUCACUCAUUGAGGCGUACGUGCUGCUUCAGCCCUGCGCCCAGAGAGCCAGCGUCUCCCUCCAGCAGACAACUGUGUACCUGGUAGGACUGGUAAGGUUUCGUCCAUCUGUUCUCAUUAAGAGUUGGUUGUUGAACUGAAAUAAGUUUUUUGUUCCACCAAUAUGUACUUUUGUGCUUUUCUCACUUCCCCUUCCUUAUAAUGAAAAAUAUUUAUACAUAUAUAUUUUUUUGUAAUUGAGAUACAAUUGGCAUAUGACAUACAUUAGUUUCAGUGUAUGAGUCGAUAUUUGUAUAUAUUGUGAAAAACUUGUAUAUUUUUAACUAGGAAUUAUUUUAUUACACACAAAAUGACUAAAGCAUACUAUAACGUAUACUUCUGUACCUUCCACCCAGCUUGAGAAGCAAAACGUUACAAUCCCUAGUGUGCCCCAUUUUGUGUCCUUGUUUUCCUCCCUCCUCCCACCAGAAGUGACCACUAUUCUGAAUUUUGAAUUCAUCCUCCUGAGCCUUUGUCUAGAAAUUUAUUACAGAUGUAUACAUCCCUGACAACAUACUUUUUUUAAUGGUUUCAUUUUUUACAUAAAUAGCAUUAUGAUGGUGUAUUCUGCAAAUUCCUUUAGCAAAUUUGUAAGAUUUAACCAUGUUGAAGCAUGUAACUGCAGUAAAUUCAGUUUCAACCCACUAUGUAAACACACCACUAUUGAACCACACAUUCUGUUCCAAAUGGACAUUCGGUUUCUAGUUUUGCUAUUAAAAACAGUGAGCCUACAAACAUUUUUGUCCAUGUUUCCAUGAACAAGAUUUUCUAGGAUUUAGCCUAGACGGGAAACAGCGGGAUAGAAAAGCAUAUGCAUAUUUAGUUUUGGUAAAAGAUACCAAAUUUUCUCCCCACUCAGUUGUGGCAAUUUAUGUCCCCACCAUUUGUGUCUUGAGUUCCCACUGUCUGAUGUUCUUGCUAACACGUAAAAUUACCAGAUUUUAAAAUAUUUGCCAAUCUGGUGAGUGAAAACUGGUCUCCUAUUAUCAUAAUAUUUAUACUUUCAUUUUUACCUUUUUUCUGAAGAUUUAAAAAAAAUUUUUUUUUGAAGAGAGGGUAAAGAAGGGAGAGAUGGAGGGAAAUCUUGAUAUGCAAGAGAUAUGAUCGGUUGCCUCUGUCAUGCCCCCAGUCAGGGACCUGGCCCGCUACCCAGGCAUGUGCCCUGAUCGGGAAUUGAACUGGCGACACUUUGGUUUGCAGGUCAGUGCUCAAUCCACUGAGCCACACCAGCCAGUGAGUUCUUUUUACCUUUUUCAUGAAAAUUUGAUGAAUCCAUAUAUGAUGAUGAAUCCUAACACCCAGCUUCAACAAUUACGAACUCAGAGCUUUUAUCAGCAAUUACCCUACUCUCCCAGGUGUUAUUUUAUUCCUGUAUUUUUAAGCAUGUAUCUCUAAAUUAUUAGAUUUUUUUUAAAAAAUGACAAUAUGAGAGUACCUUUUAAAGAAUAGAUGUUUCUUUUUUUUUUAAGAUUUUUUAAAAAUUUUUAUUUGAGAGAGGGGAAGGAAGGGGGAGAGGGAGAGAAACAUCUGUGUGUGGUUGCAUUUUUCACGCCCCCUGCUGGCGACCUGGCCUGCAACCCAGUCGUAUGCCCUACACUGGGAAUCGAACCAGCGACCCACUGGUUCACAGGCUGGGGCUCAAUCCACUGAGCCACACCAGCUGGGGCUAUUUUUUUUAAUAUAAAAACUUUCACCUAUUACUUUGUAGUCUGUGUUUCAGUGUCUUAUUGAGAAAAUCCUUCCUUACUCAGAAAAAGAAAGUCUUUUCUUUCAGAAGUGUUUCACACAUGGGUCUUUAAUGCACCUGGAUGUUUUCUUUGGGUUUGUUUUUGUUGUUGCUAUUGGCUUAUAAGUCAGAGAUCCGUUUUCCCCUCAUGUUAUUUACUGAUUAGUCCAUCCUCUCCCCCCAGCUGACUGUAAUGUCAUUGCUUGUCAUAUGUGGCCUAGUCCUGGGUUCUCCGGUCACCUCCAUUUGUGUGUGCCUCCUUGUCAGGGGCAUGCAGCUUAUUAUGGUUUUUAAUAAGCCCUGAUAACUUGUGUGUUAGUCCUUCCUACUACCCUUCUUAUUCACCAAAAUCACUUUGACCUUCCUGUUCCUUUACUCUUUCAUAGAAAUUGUUUAUUCAGUUUAUAGGAAAAUGCCUGUUUUGUUUUUUUCCUAUUGGGGUGACAUAGAAUUGAGAGAUUCAUUGGGGAAAAAUUGAUUUUUUUAUAGUAUUUUAUCUUCAUAAAAAUGGUAUGUGUCUGCUUUUUGAUGUCUUUAAAUGUAUUUCAGUAAAGCUUUAUAAUCUUUUUCCAGGUUGGUCAGUCACAUAUUUUAUUAGAUUUAUUCCUUAGUACUUCAUAUAUUCUGUUGCUACUGUAUUAUUUUUUAAUUAUAUUUUUCUCUAUUACAAUAGCAAUUACAAUUUAUUUUGCAUACUGACCCCAUACUGAGCAAGCCACUUAUUCUCUAAGACCAUAGAUUUUGUUGCGUUUCUGUAAGACAGUAUUACAAUUUUAAAACAAAACUUCAUCUUUCUAUGCUGCCUAG